AUGCAGGAUAUCCGAGAGAAUCUCCGGAAGGCGAGCAAGCAAGUAUCGGAAAAGUGUUUCGAAGAGGCUGUCCAGACCUUAGAGCAAGUUGUCAUUGAUAGCAAGAACCAAGAGUAUGUCGGGGGUAAAUUCUGUGCAUAUAAGCAUUUAGGAGAUUUAUAUUGUAAAAUGGGACGGAAUGAAGAUUCGAUCCGUUGUUUUCGAGAAGCUGAUGGUUGCUUACUCACAUCUUAUCUAAAUGAACCGCUCAUUCGAGAAGCUGCAGAAAAUGUUUGGACUUCGCUAUGUUCUCUCACGGAAAAUGACCCAUCUAUGAAAGAAGAAUAUACUAAAGCAAAAAAAAAGAUUGAUUCCCUCACUCAGAAACCACAAGAGCCGCCAUCGAACGAUUACGAUACCAUCAUAUCGAGCCAGGAGCGCUCUUUCGAAACGUAUGAUUCCUUCUUCCGUGCUUGUAAAAAGAAUUCCAUGCGGCAGGUAAUCCGCUAUAUCCAUCAAGGUCUUGAUCUCAACUUUGUCAAUCCACAAACCAAGUAUACAGCGCUGCACCAAGCUUGCUGGUAUGGUCACACGGAUAUUGUAAUGCUGUUGUUGCAGCAUGGAGCCGAUCCAUCAAUAAAGAAUGCCUAUGGAGAAACGGCACGAGACAGUGCUCUGCUGUCUAAAAAAGAGAAAGUCGUAGAGAUUCUGGAUCGGGUUGAAAAGGAGGGAGUUGCAUGGAUUGCUCCCUGUAAGGAGUGUUCGAAAAAUGCAUUAGUUGUUUGUUGUAACAAUCAAAGAAAUUCACUAUCGCUAGAAUAA